AUGUCCGAAGCAACCCCCCACCGCAUCAACAUCACCCCCUCCAACAUCGGCCUCUGGUCCAAGUCCCCCACCAUCCACCCUCAAUCCCCCACCGCUUCCACGCUCCUCUCCGACCUCCUCCAAGCCGACAUGCACCACCAUCACGUCUUUUUCAACAAAGACGGCUUCCACAACCACAUCCCUCACCACCUCCUCGCACUGUACGGGACCUCUGCCCCCUCUGAAGCGCUGCAGAAAGCCUACGACGUUAACGCUUCCUAUCAACGCCCUGCGUUGCCAGAACACCAGGAAGUCGUGUCCGACUUGAUCCAGAACUGGCGGGACGACGCAGGCAAGUACCUGGGGAAAGAGGAGCACUACCCUGAUUUCCUGGCCUUUUUCAAGCGGGAGAUGGAUUCCCGCGGGGGAAAGUAUGAGGAAGUGGUGAAUGAGUAUUUGUUCUCGGGCACGCCCGAGGCGGAUAAUUUGUUGGUGAGGCUGUACAGCGGGUUCUUGCAUCCGCUGAUCCAGCUUAUGUACGGCCUGGAAUGGAGACAGCCGGCGAUUGUGGCGGAGGGGUUGGCGCAGGCGGCUGUGCAUGGGGAUGAGAUUGGGGGGUAUCUCCUGGGAGCCGAAGAGGCCGCAAAAGCUAGCAAACUGGAGGAGGAUAUGGGUAUGGGGAGGGUUGUGGAGGACUUGUUGGAAAAGGGAGUGAGAGGGAACGAAAAGCUGGCGAAGGCGGCGAGGAUGAGUGAUGCGAAUAAAGUUAGGGAUGGAGUGUUGAAGAGGGCCAGAGAGGAGGCGAUCCAGUUGGCGGCCAAGGUGAAGGUGGGAAAGGAAGAGUUGCAGGAGAGGACGGCGGAGAUGUAUGAUUCCGCCGUGUUUAUGGCGGGUGCGGCGGCGUUGGUGAAGAGGGAUACGAAGUUGCCGAGGUUUGAUUUCUUCUUGAUGCACCAUGUCACCUCAGCACCGUUUUUCACGACAGUCAACGCACAGGAUUGGAUAUCACUCGACACCAAGGUCCGUCUUCUCGAGUGGAAGAUCAGGAUGGAUCUGGUUCAGUAUGCGGCGCGUGGAGCGCCGGAGUUGUCGCUUGAUGCUAUUACUUCUUAUCAGCCUAAGGAGAAGGAGGCAUCUGGGGCUCCUGAAGAAAUCAUUUCCAACCUCCAUUUCUUUGAGGACGAUGGCCACAGCAUCAAGCUUGCCCGAGCUGCACGGAUUUGCCAGCUCUAUUAUCAAACAAGAGAUGACGAUUACUGGAACAAGGUCUAUCACCUGAUUGUCGACUCGGUCCUCGCACCAGGGCCAAACUGGGUGCGUAGCUGUGGGUUCGAUGAGGCAUGGGAGGAUGUUCCGAAUGUCGAAUAA